UUCAGACACAGUCAGCUUUAAUGUUUGAUUCUGUUUACACUUUUGCGGCUGCUCUAGUGGAGAUGAAUCGAAGUCAUUUAUUAACACCUCAUAACAUUUCUUGUGCGGCCGAAGAUCCCUGGGAUAAUGGACUAUCGCUUUACAACUACAUAAGUUCGGCUUCUAUCAAUGGUUUGACUGGACGCGUUAACUUUGCUGAGGGCCGUCGGAAUAAAUUUCAAAUUGAUUUACUUAAACUCAAGCGUGACAAGAUUCAAAAAGUUGGUUUCUGGAAGCCAGAAGUUGGAGUUAACAUUACUGAUCCGACUGCCUUCUAUGAUGUUCAUACCGCCAAUACUACUCUGGUUGUAAUGACGCGAGAAGAGAAACCUUAUGUAAUGGUUAAAAAUGGCGUUAAUAAAACUGGCAAUGUUCGUUUUGAAGGAUUUUGUAUCGAUUUACUAAAGGCUAUUGCUAAACAAGUUGGAUUUCAAUACAAAAUCGAAUUGGUCCCAGAUAAUAUGUAUGGGGUUUAUAAUCCAGAUACAAAUAUUUGGAACGGCAUUGUUCGAGAGCUUAUGGAACGGCGGGCUGACCUGGCAGUCGCUUCGAUGACUAUAAAUUAUGCUCGUGAAAGCGUCAUCGAUUUUACUAAACCCUUCAUGAAUCUCGGGAUCGGGAUCUUAUUUAAGGUUCCUACCAGUCAGCCUACUCGUCUUUUUUUCAUUCAUGAAUCCCUUGGCUAUGGAAAUUUGGUUGUAUGUACUUGCUGCUUACGUGCUCGUUUCGUUUACUUUAUUCGUGAUGGCCCGAUUUUCACCAUAUGAAUGGAAUAAUCCGCAUCCAUGUAUGAAAGAAACCGAUAUUGUGGAAAAUCAGUUUUCCGUGUCGAAUAGUUUUUGGUUCAUAACAGGCACCUUUCUACGACAAGGUUCCGGUUUGAAUCCAAAGGCAACAUCUACUCGAAUUGUUGGUGGCAUUUGGUGGUUUUGUACGCUGAUAAUCAUCUCGUCAUAUACGGCUAAUUUGGCUGCAUUCCUGACAGUGGAACGAAUGAUAACGCCAAUUGAAAGUGCUUCUGAUUUAGCAGAUCAAACGGACAUAUCGUAUGGAACCUUGGAAGGAGGAUCAACCAUGACAUUUUUUAGGGAUUCUAAAAUAAGUAUUUAUCAAAAAAUGUGGCAGUAUAUGGAAAAUCGAAGAGGAACAGUUUUUGUUAAGACUUACGAAAAUGGUAUAAAACGUGUUAUAGAAGGAAAUUACGCUUUCCUUAUGGAAUCUACAAUGCUUGAUUAUGCAGUGCAACGUGACUGUAACUUAACACAAAUCGGUGGACUUCUGGAUUCUAAAGGUUACGGCAUCGCCACUCCAAAAGGGUCGCCUUGGCGUGAUCCUUUGUCUCUCGCAAUCUUGGAACUUCAAGAAAAGGGAAUCAUACAGAUAUUAUAUGAUAAAUGGUGGAAAAAUACGGGUGAUGUUUGCAAUCGGGACGAGAAAAGUAAAGAAUCUAAAGCAAAUGCAUUGGGCGUGGAAAACAUAGGUGGCGUUUUCGUCGUAUUGCUUUGCGGUCUAGCUUUGGCAGUUGUCGUUGCCAUUUUAGAAUUUUGUUGGAAUUCCAAGAAGACAAUGCAGCUCGCUGAAAACCAAUCUUUGUGUUCUGAAAUGGCGGAAGAACUGAGGUAUGCCAUGCAUUGCCAUACAUCAAAACAGCGUCCAUCUCUAAACCGUAAGUGCGUCAAAUGUACACCGGAUUCUACGUAUGUGCCUGCCGAAUUGGGAAGCGGCAUCCCAAAUGCUAGUGGGGUGCACUACAAUUAUUUUAAUUAAGUAUUGAGUGAUUUGAAAUAAAAAUAUAAAAUUGUAUUAUUAUAAUUAUCUAAA